AUGGUAUGGCCGUUUAACAAGGUCUUGGGCAAGUUGUCAGCUUUGACCUCGAUCAAGGUUGAACAGCAAGUUGGAGGUUGCGUCACUUGCAAGGCCAAGCGGUUGAAGUGCGACGAAACCAAGCCAACUUGUCAACAGUGCGAUCGACGCAAAGUCCAAUGUGGAGGAUACAAGAAAGACUUCAAAUGGCGGCCUUUCGAAGAGACCAACUUAGCCCCUGGACGCCCUACCAAGACCAAAAAGGCCAACCAGCAACAUAUCAAUAUUGAUAGCUUUCCUACUCCCCCGACGACUGAACAAUCGACAUCUCCAAUUCGUAUACAAUCACACAUCCAUCGAUCCCACUCCCCACCCGGAUCGCUGCAUAGUUCCCCUAUGAGCAUCAACAGUCUUCCGUCUGAAGCACAUUCCCUCGACGAUCUACCUGAUAAGCAAGAAGAUGUUUCCAUAUCACAGCGCAGUGCCCCUCUCGACAUUAAUGUCUCAUUGUCGGCCGACUCUCCUUCUUUCAACUUCCUCUCCUUUCUGGAACCAUAUCAGGAUUCACUAUCGCUUGCAGACUCCUUGGCAUCUAAUGAUCUUGGGUCAGGUCGACGUAUGUCUUUUGGUCCGGAGGAACUUCUCCACGAUGCAUCGGGUCUCAGUUUCUCCAGGUUAUUGGAAGAAGAGAAUGAUGACAUUGAAGAUAUUAUCCGACAGUCGGAUCCAGGGCUUGGACCAUGGAACUUCCAGAUAGCAGAGCCAAAGUCCUUUGAUUUCAACGAUAUAAGCAUUCCAAGCAGCCCGUCUCUGCCACCAGAGAGCCACGAAAUGCUGGUGAUGCGCUUUGACAAGCUCACGUGCGGGAUCCUGUCAGUCAAAGAUGGAGCUAGUGAGAACCCAUGGCGAACAUUGAUCUGGCCGCUGGCAAAAAAUACACCGGCACUUUACCAUGCCAUUUUUGCCCUGGCAGCAUUUCAUUCAGGCAGGGACAAUCCCCAUCUCCGGGUUCAAGGAGUGAAGCACAUGCGCCAGAGCAUCAACUCUCUUGUAGGGCAGAUUCAGAACAUGAGAGCAGAUGCGGCACUGGCCACCAGUCUUGCUUUAGCAUUUGCCGACACUUGGGACCAACACACCCGUACCUGCAUACAACACCUACGCGGAGCGAAAGCGUUGAUGUCCCAGGUUGUUGCCACCGGAAUGCAAGGAGACAUCAGCAAAGACGAAUUGGACCGUAUCCGCUUCUUGUACAACACUUGGUCCUAUAUGGAUGUGAUUGCACGAUUGACCUCUCUAGAUGAUUGCGGACCUCAAAACUGGGAUUCUUCAAUGUUCGAGCUCCCAAGUAACGCGGUUCACGAUAUCGACCCAUUGAUGGGGUGUGCGACUACUCUGUAUCCUCUUAUGAGUCGAGUGGCCAAACUAAUCCAGCAUGUGCGGAAAAGCUCGUCCAAUACAGUGUCGAUUGUCGCUCAAGCGAUGGAGCUCAAAAGUCUGAUUGAGGAUUGGGUACCCCCACGUUGGUUUGAGCCUCCCGAAGAUCCUCACUCUGAAGUGCAACAUAGCAUUCAGGUUGCUCAUGCCUACCGUUGGGCUACAUUGCUAUACCUUCACCAAGCUGUUCCGGAAAUACCAUCUGAGCCCGCCGAUGAGUUAGCAAAGAGGGUGCUGAUUCUCCUCGCUACUGUUCCCUACACCUCACGGACAACUAUUAUCCAAGUGUUCCCCCUCUUGGCAGCCGGAUCAGAGGUCGAUGCUGACGAUGAUCGGAAAUGGGUGCUGGAUCGAUGGACCACAAUCCAAGCCCGGUUAAUGCUGGGUGGAGUGGACCGUUGCCUUGAAGUCUUGAAAGAGGUCUGGAAUCGUCGCGACAAAAUAAAUGCAAGCAGGGAUCAAGAAAUGACUCAUUCCCGGCGUACCGAGUCUAUCUCUUCCGCCGAUAAGGAGAAUUUGGACUCCACAUUCUGUAACUCGGCGUUCGGCAGCUACAAUAUGAAUAGCGCUCGCGGGACUUCGAUAGCUGGGCAGCCAAGGCAGCCUGCCUCGAGAUCGGCGCGCCGAGGCUCUGCACUUUCAUCGUUGGAGAACAUUGAGUUCGAGAGAACUGUCCGUGGCAAAUUGCAUUGGGUGAAUGUGAUGGCCGAAUGGGGAUGGGAAGUUUUCAUCGGCUAGCCUGAACAUAUAACCCGUGAAUUUCCAGCAAUCUUCGCCAACCCAGCCUGUUGUAUUAAUUUAACGACUAACGACCCAGCGCGCAAGCCUUGUUUUGUCUCUUUAUCGGAAUAUCCUGAGUUUGAAAUUGUACAUUGCGCCCUCGACUUGAUUUGGCGUUGAAACAGCGCGGCGUCUCGAGACCAGGUCUUUUGUUGAUGAUUUAUGACAAAAAUGCUUCCUCGAUGGAGAGACUCCUGUAUGAAACUAUGAUCUACUCUCUGACUACAACUCUUGCUCGAUUUAGGAAACGGUGUCCCACCUUGCUGGUGGAUCACCAGGCUCGUACUGCCAUUCCUAUCUAUAUUCAACCAUGCAAUACCCGAUUCCUCACCUUGGAGGAAGUCCCCAAAGCGACUUUCCAUACUCGACACUUCGUCACAAACCCACACCCAAUCCGGACCUGUCAGUAAUAUAAUAUCGACCUGAUCAGCUGAUCACCAACCCAUGCACUUCAUACCCAUUGCUACGCCCGUCCAUACCCAGAGACCUUUUCGUCCAGUCAUGCUAUUUUUCCUCUUUUCAAACACAUGCCCGCUUGCACUCAUCCGAUUCGCGACUUAGUGAAACCACAUGCAAUCAGUAAGCCCCGUUCAGUUCCAAUAGCACCCGACUUGAGAUACCCCUGGAGAUAGCAGGAUGUUCAAUGGCUUUCAGUACCAUGCUGCCAACAGCGUAAAAUCAUCAUAUAUCCCGUACCUCAUUCGGUUUCCUCUCAGCUUCCACUUCUGUAGUCAUCUCUGUUACAAGUAUAUAAAGAUAUUUCCGUAGCUCACGGGGUGCCACAAGGUUUCAAGAGCGUAGAGAACUUGGUGGAUG